AUGCAACCUGAAUCUCAACACCAGGACGAAUCAUCUUGCUCUCCCCAUGUUAUUUGCCGUUCUGCUUCCUAUUCAAAUACAGUUCUCGACCGCAGCAAGGCAACAUUGGAAACGCACCGCAACCCGGGAAUUUCGACGGAGACCUUCGAGGGAAUCUAUGAAUCCAUGAAGGCGGAACAUCAUCUCUUUGCAAUUGCUUCUCGAAGAAUUAAAGCUAGAAUCUCAUUGCUUCUGGGAACUUGGCAGCAGUUAGCUUCUCAACCUGCCAUUACAAAAGAACGCAAUCUCACAAUGACCUCUAAUUUGCCUCUGGAAUACAUCUUUCAUCAUGUUUUUCUUCCCCCAAAAUUACCCGACAAGGAGGAUGAGCGAGAGAAAUAUGAUGCUGUGCUUUCGCAACUUUGUCAACGGGAGCUUCAGAACUUCCAUGAUUGCCUGCCAAGUGAUCAAAGACAACCAGUCAAAAGGAUGAUCGAGAUGAUAAAUAGCAUGGUUCUUGAUCCAUCUGCUACUGCCACACCAUUUUCAAACAUUAUCAAAGGUUUAAAAACAAUGAACACUGAAGACGUUUACGCUUUCCACAUUGAGGCGCAAAAUGCAGGAAUAAUAAUUCGACGACUCUCAGCAUAUUAUUCAUUCGAGAUGUUUGAGUUAUCGCCAAGGAAUACAGAUGUCAUGGCGACUGUUGGCCGAUUACGAAGAUAUUUCCCGGGUCCCGCAGUAGCCAUUCAUCGGGACCGCAUCCACGAAGAAUCAUUCCAAGAAGCUCUAUCUCAGUGUAUUGAAGAGCUCUCGCAAGAGACGCCAAACAUUGUCAGAGCGAAAGCUCGUAAAGCAAACGUGUCUGACAUUGAGAAUCGAGAUACUGUCGACCCAUCUCUCAUAACCAGCAUGCUUGCGGAGUCUCUGCAUGCUGUUGGUCGUCGUAUUGAUGUCCAUCGUAUUCAAAAGAGAACCCGUGAUGUCGUUCAGUGGAAAGAUUGUCUUCAUCCUUGGCGUCGUUCACCCUUUUGGCUCUUUCUCCGAGUCUGCCUCCAGACUGGACUAAUGAAAAAAAAUUGCAAUGAUCCAUCACACUACCAAUACAAAUCGUUUAUGAUCUUUUUCAUGUGCCAAAUUCUAGAACUCGCACUAGAGUCUCCCAUGUCCAGAGAAAUAUUGUUCAUAAUGUCGAUGAAGGUACAACGGCGCUUAGUCAAACUCGAAAAGUGUAUUGACGGUGGGCUACAGCAGCAGGUGCAGAAGGUAUUAACCAAAGUGUCAUCCUACUUGAAGAACAAUUUUCCAAUGCUGUUAUCCCCAAAAUACCCUGAUAUUUCUGCACUCGACCCAAAAAAAGACACAGUACUCAGCAUGAACUGCCUACGAUCUUAUCUCGACGGCUUAUCAUCGCGAUACCGACCAAAAUUAAAGCACGCAUUUGUUAAAACUCUUUGUGACUCGCGAAUAGUUCAAAGGGAUCACAGCCUUCCGAAAAUGAAUCUUCAGUGCUUGAGCUCCCAGAGCAGAGAUGGAACUCGCUUGGAUCUGGCAGACAUCGAACUGUGGGUUCGAGAUCAUCUAGCUAGUUGGCUGAGCAAAAAUAAAGCGUCUCAAGCAUGUUGUAUCGCUUUGGCGAAUCUCAUAUCUACCUACAAGAAAGUUUCUGAUAUAGUAUACCACGGGAUCGCCGAAGACCAAUCUGUAAGAAUCUUGACGUUGUUAGAUUUAUGGGUCGCAUUAGACAAAUCUACAACCUUACAAGAACCACUUGUGAAGGAUUACAAAUGUGGAUUCACAUCAGACUUGUUCACUCCUCUACUGUUAGCUACCAAGCCAGAAAUGUUAAGAUUGGCCUCUAUCGAACAAUAUAUUACCAACAGAAAUGCUGCAUCGGCCGCCGAAAUGCCAUGCAUCUUUUCCACAACAAACACUGCAAGAAGCUUUCCUGUUCGCUACUUUGAUCAAUCGUCUCAGCACCAGAGGUUGCUAGACCGGAUUAACUCUGAUGCUCGCUAUGAACGCAAUGCAAAAAUUCUCGAGCUAGAGAAAAAGGUUCAACAGUUCAAUUCCUGGAAAGAGAGUGAUCAAUCGACCAUGUGCAGGAGGGAAACGAUUACUCGCGGUCAAGGACGCAAGCGUCAUGAAGUUGAUGUUCACCACAGUUAUUGUCCUAAAUGUAUUGCAAAAACUAAGGCUGAGCGAGUUACAAUUGAUGUUUUUGAAUGCCCUCUCCCAGAAAAUGUUUCAGAAGCAAAAUCGAUAGUAUUUGAGCUUGACGUGCCUAAAGCUUUUUCAGCUUGGCGUGAUAGCACGUAUAGCCUUCUAGUGGACACAUUCUCACCAAAAUCAAUGGUUUCUCAAGAUAUCGAUUAUUAUAAUUUCAGCAAGACUGCUUUGGAGCGUUAUGUCCAGAAACCCUUAGGGAGGGUUUGUCUAGGGUCAAGUACGAAGCCAUUCAUGGUUUCUCACUACAAGAACAAGUUUGUCUUUCAGGCUACAGUUGAAAACAUUCUGAAGCCAACUGGAUUGAACUACACGUUUGUAGAUAAUGACGGAUCUCACCAAAUAGCAAUCACGGACGACUUCUGUGAAAACUUGGGAUUACAAAAGUUAUGUACCAUGAGAUUCGCUCCGGCGUUCAUGAAGUUGGAAAUCUUUUUGGAAGGCACGAAGUGUACCACCAAUAAUGCUCUUGCAAAUCAAGCAAAUUGCCCGGCCACAUUGACUUUGCACGAAUUUUAUCAAUUUGCAUCUCUUAGAUGUGGACAUUAUCUUCAAUGGCUUAAUAUCCUGCGCGAGAGUGAAGCACGAUUACUUGAUUUGAACUCUGUCGAAGUCUUCCAAAUGUUGACACAGACGGCAUGGCAAGUCGGUCCCGCAACCUAUAAACCAGCAUGCCGAGAUUCACACCAAGACCUCGAGAACGAAGCCUUUGGGAUACAUCUUUUACAGGCUUUAGGGGCGAUAGUAUCAAGUGUAGAGUCUAAUUGGCAGAAUGUAGGAGCUGUUCGUGUGGUGAUUAUACUAACUACUCGAUUGCUCAGUGUCUCAACUAAGGACAAAGUACGCGAGAGCUGUCUUCGACUACUCCUACGUAUUCAGGUUAUUACAAUUGCGUGGACUAGAGAUGUUGUUCACAUACUCCAUAAUUGUCAAGAGGAGGAUGAGCUUAAAUCACUAAGAACUCGAGCCCUUGAAUUGGCAUUGGCGUGUCAUGGUUCAUUCGACGUCGGAAUCAAUAAUUUUGAGGUUAUGCUUAGCUCCACCGAACCUCAAACUAUUUUUAUCGAGAGUUUGAUCAUAGUUCACGAUCGACGUCCUGCCUUAACUACUGGACUUUGUAGUAUGAUUCAAUUUGCUUUGAGACGCUUUGAUAGAUUGAAUCAUUCCGCCGAACCAAUUCUGCGUGGCAUCAUAAUCAAUGAUGCCGCCGGUAUUAACAUGACGAUUCACACUCUCUGGUCUGGUUAUAACCCUGGAGCUCCUUGGAAAGCACUUGAUCUGCCAAAUGAAAGAUGGCUAAGAACAAAAACAGCAACAAUUAAUGGCCAUGAAUCACUAUUUGUUGAAUUGAACAUUCUAGACGGAGAAUUGCUCAUCAAUGGAUCUCCACUUGCUCGUCUACCUCGUGAUUAUGAAUCCCAUGCCACAUAUCAAAGAAUUUUUGGGCAGAAAACGUUGGAUGUUGUCCCAUCAACAAUGCCCGGCAUGGCUUUUGAGACUAGAAAAGAUGUAUACGGGCAACAAGUUCAUUUCAAAAUGCUCGGCGAUGAAUUAGUGAUUCGAACUCGUAAAGAGCAUGAAUGUUUUGAAGUUAUUCCCAAGCAUAUUCUCAUAAACGACUUCCAACAUUCGUUCAUAGAAAAUUAUAUUUUCAUGCGAAAUGAUGAAACCGGUAUCAUACAACUGAGGCCAGUAGAUAUGCCAUGGAAUUCCUCGAACGGUGAAUGGCAAAUUACAAAUUCUUCGAACCAAGCUUUUCAUUUGAGCAAUAAGUCAAUGGUAGCCAUCGAUGUUCGAAGCCCAACAGCUUAUGCCAUAUCAAAAAUUCUCGGAAAUUUGGAGGAUAUAAGCCACAUCAACAUGAUACUGAACCAGCAAGACAAUGUUUUGGACUUACGCCUCCCCCGCUUCAAUAUUGACUUCUCAGUUACCGUAGGAGAUUGGAGGCUUUCUUCUAAGCAAUUUCGGGGAAUGUCCGUAGACAAAAAUCAGGAUAUUGGUACCUUUACUGGCUUAGUUAACAAACUUGUGUUGUGUAGUAACGACAAAGCAACGCGAGCUGUGAUUAUUCCAGACGGCGAAAUUUCAUUCACGCGAAAAAAUGACCAUGUUCAGGUGAACAUUGAUACAACAUCGACGAGCUCCUGUAGUUAUCAUGAGUAUCGUAUCGAUCCUCAACUUGGCCGUCUGAUUGAUAAUGGGAGCCUGAAAACUUGUUUAUUUAGAUUAUAUCUUCAUUCUAUAACCUCGGAUUUUAUACCAGAUGCCCUCACAGGCAAAACUGGUACGGAAGAAGCAUUGAAUGGAUUAAGUUCCUCAUCUGUGUGGUCGUUCUUCACGCUUUCCUCUAGCGAGAUAGGUCUGCUACUAAAGUUGAGAGAUUUAUCUCCACAAGUUACAUACUAUCCAGCACAUAAAAAAUCUAUGCAGAUGAUUUCGUGGAAAAAUCUCCCAAUAUUAUCUCAGCAUGAACGAUUCUGCAAGCAAGUCGACCUCAUCUUCACACAUGCUAAGAAGCUCGUACCAUUUCAAACUGCGUCCGAUAAGAAGCACUCGAUUCCCGAAUCAAACAAUAGCAGCAAUCCCAUCCUGAUUUCUGCGGCUAUCAUCAGGAAUGCUGUUUAUCGCGUCGAUGGCUUUGGGGCAGAGGAGUUUACCACCAUCAAAGAUAAAGAAUACGACUCUCGGGACGGAAUCUGUGAUGCAAGUCGACGUGCAGAUAUAUACAAAACCGCAGCAUUGGCAUAUUCGUGGUCACAGAAACUGAAAGUCUACACGGGUUUAUUGGGAAUCAUGAAUUCUUUGUCAACUCACAUUGUUGGACCUGGUUCAAUCACGGAAAAUGUCAUUGGAUAUAAUUCAAAGUGGUUAGAUACACCCCAGUCUUUCUUUUCUGAAAAUUGGUGUGCAAUCUAUCAGCAGCUAUCAGCCAGUAUUGAGACUCGAGAUAAGUAUAAAAUCAUGAUCUUCUUGUCCACGUUGAUCUUCUCGAAAAAGGUCGAGCACUCGCUUGUACAUACAUUUUUAGCAUUUGCCACAAUGCCAAUUUUCGAUCGCAUCAAGAUUCCUCAAUAUCAGCUUUUUUCUCUUUGCGAAGGGUUCAAGCCUGACAGAAGUUCAUUAAAAGCUCUCAUCGGCGCUCAAAAAUACAAGUAUGAGAAAAAACCUGCAAGCAAGCCUGUCAAGAGAGGAGCCGAAAUCGAAUGGGACGUUGAUGGACGAAUACAGCAGACUUAUAUUGACCAAAAGGAACGUGCUGUUGAAAGAACCCUUGAACAUCUUUUGCUGCAAUGGCCAACUGAAAAGCCUAUUGCACCCACGGAUAAGCAUUUUCAAACAUAUAUUGAUAUGAAACCUGCCAUUGUGCAAGCUCAAGCAAAAUUUUAUUCUUGGUUUAGAAACAUCAAAUUCAAGGAUUACAUCUUGCGUUUGGAAUCAGCUCUCAAGUCGAACUCAAUCGAGUGCCCCAUCACUCAGCGAUGGUCAGAUUAUGCGAAACCCACCAGUAAUUAUAAUCCGAGCUUAGCUUAUGUUGCCUUCACGGACCUCCUUCAGAAUCGACCUCCAACUUUUGUAAAUGGAAAUGAAUUGUUCCUGUCCAAUUUACUUUUAGUUAAGAUAUCCACGUCGCUGGGCAACGAUAAGAAUCAUAUGAAAGUCUCAGAGCUCUUGUUGAAACUUUCUCGGCACACUUCCGGAGCCUUUGAGAACCAAUACAGCCGUCACUUACAACAAAGUCUGGAUGCUUUGCACGAGAUACCAUAUUUUAAGCUAGAUCCCGCGGUGUCAGCUUACGAUUUCUCAGCCUUCUUGGAAAGAAGCCAGGCACUGGUAGACAACAUGUACCUCAGAAUUGAAGAGCAGUUGUUAAGUUCUAUAAGCGUGUUCGGAGCUAUAGAGAACACGACAAUGCUUCCACGCCUGUCUCGAACCACUAUUCUUGCUCUUAUUGCAAGUUCUCAUCCUAUAAAGCUCUCACAACAGUGGAAGCAGGCAAUUGUACAAUUUGGCCUGGCUGUAACUGACCUGCAGCGUCUGAAGCGUCUGGUGGCUUGCUGUAGCAAUGAAGCAGAACUUAUCAUGGAACUUACGAAUCCGGGACAUCAAGGCUGGGACCCGUUGUUGUAUCCGGACUGGCUACUUCUUGAAUUGGAGAACGGAAUUCUCAUUCGCAAAGAUCAGGCUGAGAUCAGUAGUGAAAUGAUUGACCCAUCAUCAGGCGCAAACUCUGUUAUGCAAUUGAAUAUGGGACUUGGAAAAUCUUCAGUCAUCGUUCCACUUGUAGCAUCAGCUCUGGCAGACAAAACAAAGUUGUGUCGCGUCGUAGUUCUCAGGGCGCUGUCUAGACAGAUGAGAGAAUUGUUAGUAAGAAAACUCGGUAAUAUGAUCAACCGGCGUAUAUUUUUUGUACCAAUCUCACGUGCGCUACAAAUGAAUGCUGAAGGGGCAAAACAGCUCCGAGAAAUUUACGAGACUUGCAUGACUUGUGGUGGUGUACUUCUAGUGCAGCCAGAACAUUUACUAUCUUUUGAGUUGAUGGGCCUUGAGAUGGUACUUUCUGGGGAUCAAGAUGCAAAGGUUGUUGGUAAGGUAAUUAAUGACACCCAAGAAUGGCUGCUCAAAGAUUGCAGGGAUAUCCUGGACGAGAGUGACGAGAUAUUGAAUGUGCGAUUUGAAUUGAUUUACACUCUUGGCAGACAAAUGCCUAUCGAGUUUGCUCCUAAUCGUUGGAUGCUAAUUCAACGAAUAUUGUCGAUAUUGACUUCUUGUAUCAAGAAACUUGAUCAAAAAUACAAACAUGAUUUCGAAAUAGAGAAUUUGCCAGAUAGUAGUGGUAAAUUUGCGAAAUUUCGGAUCCUACAGCCCGCAUUCGGUGAUGUACUUCUUAGAAGAGUGGUACAAUCUAUCUGCGAUGAAGGACUCCCUGGAUUAUCUUUCUUCCAUUUUACCAAGAGCAAUCGAGACCUCUUAUACCAAUUUAUCACAGAUUCCAGCAUAGAUGAAGAUGCAAUUCAGCAUUCGAUAUUUGAUGCUGACUCCACGAAAAUGGGUCUUCUACUCCUGCGAGGUCUCUUUGCUCACGGAGUUCUACACUUCGCCUUUUCAAAAAAGAGGUUCAGGGUCGAUUUCGGUUUAGAUGUGAAACGGUCAUCACUAGCAGUCCCAUAUCAUGGAAAAGAUGUGCCUGCAUCCGCAGCAGAGUUUAGUCAUCCAGACGUGACUGUUAUAUUGACUUGUCUUUCCUACUAUUACGAAGGUCUAUCCGAAAGCCAAGCAAUACAGUGCUUUAGAGAGCUUCUAAGAUCGGACAACAGUCCAGGAGAAUACGAGAAGUGGACCAGAGAUUGCCCCAACAUUGAAACUAAAUUCAAGCGAUUAAGUGGCGUCAAUCUUAAUAACCCAUACCAAUGGUCUGAACAGGUAUACGCACAUAUAAGACGCUCUAAAGAAAUGAUAGAUUUCUAUCUAAACCACCUCGUUUUUCCGAAGGAGAUGAAAGAAUUUCCAAAGAAACUUUCUUCAUCGGGUUGGGAUAUCGCUCGGACUAAAAACCACCCGCUCACUGGCUUUAGCGGAACAAACGACAGUAAGUAUAUUCUUCCGCUCUCAAUACACCAAAGAGACCAAGAAGAACAACUUUCAACAAAUGCAGAAGUACUCGCAUGCUUAUUACAAUCUGAAAACAAAUUCGAUUCCACAAUCAAGAGUGAAGAUUUCAAUGCCGAAAUCCUUCUAAAACUGGCCAUAACGUCGAAACCUACAAUAAGAGUAAUCCUUGAUGUUGGGGCACAAGUUUUGGAGCUGAGAAAUGAAGAGGUUGCAAGUAGAUGGUUAGCACAACUUCCAGUCACUGAUGAGGUACAAGCGGCGGUAUUUUUUGAUUCUUCAGAUGAGCUUUGCGUUCUGAACCGCGAUGGGGUGACCGAGCCUCUCACUAUCUCGCCAUUUACUAAGCAGAUGGACCGAUGUGUGAUUUAUCUCGAUGAAUCUCACACACGUGGAACAGACUUGAAACUUCCAGUUAACUAUCGUGCCAUUGUUACACUUGGACCAGAUCUGAACAAAGAUCGUCUCGCACAAGCAUGUAUGCGUAUGAGAAAACUGGGAAAGGGUCAGUCAGUAUUAUUUUGUGCGCCAAAAGAUAUCCAACGAAAAAUAAUACACUGCACGGAUAUGACCCAGUCUGACCAAAUCGAGGUCAAGCAUGUUCUUUUGUGGUGUAUAAGAAAUACAUUAGACCAAGUUCGAAAGUCUGUUGUGCCUUGGGCAAUUCAAGGAAAGCGUCACUUUGAACGACUUGAGGCUCUAAGCGCAAAUCCUGGCAUUAUUCCUGUAUCUGUUCAAGAAGACGAAGUACAGAGCCUGGAAGAAAGAUACGGGUUCGGUAAAGAAAAAACUGACGGGCGUUGGCUGGCCGAUACAGCUUCUAAUACAGACACAAAAUACUCUGCCGAGCUCAUUGCUAUUAGAAAAAAAUGUGUUCAGUUUGGUUUUAAUUCUCUUGCAGGUGCCAAUUUAUACGAAGAACAAGAGCGUGAAUUGCAACCAGAGAAAGAAUUGGAGAUACAGCGUGAGCAUGCCCCAAGUGUACCAGCUUCGAAGCAUAGGUUGCAUGCCGAUGUCAGAAACCUGGUCACAACCGGUGUCAUGGUCCACAGCGCUUGGAGUGGAUUUUUGCCUGCUUUUGAUGUUUUCAAGAAUACGUCGGCAAAAGGAUUAUUCGAUAUAUCCAAGUGGCCUAGAGGUCUUUGGGUCACUCGUGACUUUGCGCAAACUGUGGUAAUGCACGGCUUUGGUGAGAUUGAUUCAUUUUUACGUCCAGUCAACUGGGUCGUUACAUCUGAGGACAAAAACGGGGUUUCGAUCUGUGUGAUUCUUAGUCCUUUCGAAGUUCAAGCGUUACGCUUUGUCAUCGAAAAAAAUAAGAAAGUCGUUCUGAGCAUCUACUCGCCACGCUUAAGCCUCUCUUCGAAGUCAUUUGAGAGCCUUGAUGUUCACAAAAUCCCAACAACUUCGAAACUGCCAUCAAUUCACCCAAGAAUUACCAUGCUUUUGAACCUUUUUGCUGGACAAUUAUAUCUUCGAAGCUUCAAUGAAUAUAUUCGACUUUGCCAAUUCCUCGGGCUUUGUUAUUAUCCACCCCGAGAGAGUGUCGAAAUCGGUUGUGAUAAGUUUGUCCCUGUAUCAAGUCGUGCAUCGUUUGAUCCCGUUAUGAAGGAGGUUUGCCCUUUCGAGGAGAGUCCGGUUGAUUUCCUACAAAAAGUAUUUGCGUUGAGACGUAAAGGGCAGAAUUUUGAGAACUCACACAUGGGCAGGAUCUUGAAUGGAGAGUUAUUGAGUAGGAAGGAUUUUGACGAAGGUGAAGAGUUGAAAUGA